AAAGGCAGCUAUCACACCGUUGGUUUUUUCCGUGGCUCUACCACUUUUCAUUUUGCGCACUUGCAGGCAAAUCAUUCAUUCGCCAUGGAAGGCACGCGGUUCGCUUUUCUCAAUGCUGCGCUGUUCGUGAUGCAAGCGGUCGUGAACAUUUUGUAUGCCAAGCGGUUUGUGACAGUGGCACACGAGUACGAGACGCUAAUCACCCCAGCAAGCUUCGCUUUGGUAAUGUGGAUUCUCGUGUACGCACUGGAAGCUGUGCUAGUCGCUGUCGAUGUCUUCACGCCCCGAUACUCGAUGUUUGCCGACGCCAACCAACCAGCGCGACUUCGUCUGUGCUUUGGAAUAACGUGCAUUCUCAACACCCUUUGGGUGUUCUUGUACGUGUCGGGUCAUGUGUACACGUCUACUGUGCUCAUCUUCGCGUUGUGGCUCGCCAUCCUGGUGCUGUACAUCUACGCUGUCAAUGACCGGAACGCACGCGAGACCGGACCAUUUGACUGGAUCCUGUACUUGUGCAACGAGCUCCCCAUUUCGAUAUACUUUGCGUGGGUUACUACUGUGGCUUUCACGCAACUGGCGAUGUCGAUGCAGCACUCACACCACGACUAUCUGGGUCUCACCACUUACGUCGCGUACCUCUGCGUCGUCAUUGUGCUGGGGCUGUUGACUUCAAGAUACGCGCAAGACAUGAUUACUGGUCUUGUCAUUGUCUGGUAUCUCAUCGCAGUUUCGACCAAGCACGUCCAGUUCCCGCACUCAGUACAGUGUAUGGACAUCGCUGUUCGCGCGUGCGCUGGAGAGGGAGCAGCGAUCAUCGCUGCUGUGCUGGCAAUCAACCUUUGUCAGUAUUGUGUGGAGGACAGCCGUCCUCCAGCCUCGGGCAUGGGUUCGGGAAUGGCUGUCGUCGCGGGUGCCACCUACGGCUCCACCAGUGCAUAAUAGUGCGGUUCCUGCUAUUCCUCGUGCUGCUGCUCGCGUUUCAAUUGCCGUCCACUCCGCUACGGGAGUUCCAAUCCCGUAGCAUUGUUCAGUGCACAGUGAGGCUGAACGAGAGUAAACACUUUUUUUUUUCCGAAAGUGAACUUAUUACGCAUUGUUUUUUUUAGCAUCAGUAUAAAUCAUUUUAUUUAAAAAAAAAAACAAGACGCCAUCG